AUGGGUCGCAGUGGUGCUUGCGUGACCAACCUGGUUCUCUGCCGUGACCCCUCCUCGGUUCUGUCUGUACAGUGCGAAUUUAGCCCCGCGUCGUGGCGGGGCUGCCACAGCUGCCUGGAGUUUGGCCUUGUGACACUGUGCGUGGAGCCCGUCAUGUCACGAGCAUUAGGCGAAGGCGAGGACUUGAGCUUCCCACAGCGCAGAAUCCUGUUGUCGAACCGGAAAAAUACAGCUCCCAUCGGACGAGCCUCGAAGAGAAGUUCGACCUUGGAGGCUCGAAUGUAUAAUGCUUGGAUCGACGCUCCUGUUAUGUCACGGGAACACGCCGAGCUGAAAUUCGACUCUCAAAGCCAGAUGGUCUUCAUUCGAGAUGUUCGCUCCCUGCAUGGAACCUAUCACAACGACAUCAAGCUGCGGCCGGGCCAGUCGCAGGCCCUUAGAAACGGAGAUUCAUUGAAGUUCGGUAUCUGUAUUGAACGUGGGCACGACCGCUUUCCCCAGUGUACGAUGAAGAUUGGUCUAGAGUUUGGUCAGGCCGGGCAGCAAGCUACAGCAGAACCCAGUUUGCCUCAGGCUACCGUCUUUCAAGUCCCGGAUGAUACGGACUCCGAGGACAUGGACGACGCAGAUGAGAUUGAUUCUCAGGCUGCGUUCAGUAGCAUCGACGAUGACGAAGAUCCAACCGUUCAGGCAAGUGCCGCCGUUCUCCGUGAGAAUGGCUUACAGCUUGUUGAAGUGCGUGGAUUCAAAACCUCGGACGCGAUUGAUCUUACAUCCGAACCGGAUCUUACCUCCGAGGAUAACGCUCCCACUUCUAGCAGCCCGUUUUCUGACGACCCUCACCUACCUCAUCCUAACUCCGAUUAUGUGCUCGGUGUAGUGGACUUCAACGACGAUGAACCCGGGACUCUCAAUAACGCGUCAUCUGCGCUGCCCAGCGACGACUUCGCCCCUGCGACACGAUUCAGAGAGAUUGGCGGCGUAGAUGUUGCUGAUGACAGCGUGCCAGGCAUGGAGGGGCCGCUCUCCGAGGAUCAGCAUCUAUCCGCGAUCUCGGAUAUCAUUCCUUCUGUGAGCAAGGCGCGAUCGCUCGGGGAGUUAUCCGGGAAACCGGAAUACUUUCUUGCAAGAGAGCAAAACAGAUUCUGUAUCCAACAUUCUGUCACGCCACGCGAUGCACAGACACAAGAGGAAACACACGUCCCUGAACAUUCCAAUAACACGGAGGAGACAUCAGUUCCUUGUGAGAGCAGCUUAAAGAAGCGAAAGUUUGAGCAAAUCUCGGCUUCAAUCCCUCCUGAUGAUUCAUUUGAAACUCCCGGCGCCUCUCCAUCUCAGGAGGCUCAACAGGUUCGAGCACGAGACGUGAGAACCGACGUCGAUACAGACCUUGCCUACAAACGCGUAAAGGCUGCUGCGGAGUAUGUUGGGCUCAUGGCUAUUGGAGGCGUCGCCGUCAUUACUGCUCUUAUUGCGACAGCCCCCACCUUCUGA